GCCAGGAGCAAGAAGAAGAGCAGCUAAUAAAGAUACGGAUACAUCAACAACAACAGUUGCAAACCAAUUUCAUUGUUCAGCGUAAAAUGAGGCUUUAUUGGCAAGUCCUGCUGGCGUUUUUCGCAACUUGUUCGCCGAUUUCCGGCUCUCUGGCCUUUAAACCAGUGGUCAUCCUCCACGGAAUCCUCUCCGGCGCCGAAUCGAUGUCUUCUCUGGUCCGGGAAAUCGAAGAGUUUCAUCCUGGGACCAUAGUUUACAACUGCGACAAAUUUAGCGGAUGGUACAGUCUGGAGAACGCCUGGCGGCAGGUGGAUCAAGUUAGGGAUUACCUUAACGAAGUGGGCAAACUUCAUCCAGAGGGCAUUAUCGUCCUGGGAUACUCCCAAGGAGGCCUUUUGGCCCGGGCGGCCAUCCAAAGUCUGCCAGAUCACAAUGUGAAGACCUUUAUAUCCCUAUCUUCGCCACAGGCGGGCCAAUAUGGAACCAGCUUCCUGCAUCUGAUUUUUCCGGAUCUGGCAGCCAAGACGGCCUUCGAACUGUUUUACUCGCGAGUGGGACAGCACACCUCGGUGGGUGGCUACUGGAACGAUCCGCAGCGACAGGAGCUCUACAUGAAGUACAGUGAGUUCCUGCCGCUGAUCAACAACGAGAAGAAGACCUCCAACUCCACAUCCUUCAAGAUGGGCAUGGUGCGACUCAACAGGUUGGUGAUGAUCGGCGGGCCCAACGACGAUGUGAUCACUCCCUGGCAGUCUAGUCACUUUAGUUACUACGACGAAAAUAUGGAUGUGAUCCCAUUUAACAAGCGAAAGUUAUUCACUACCGACUCCAUCGGCAUCAAAACUCUUCAGGAGGCUGGCAAACUCAUUAUUGUGAUCAAACCCCAUGUCCAUCAUCUUGCCUGGCACACGCGGAAGGACGUCAUCCACGAAGUUAUAAUGCCAUAUCUGGACUGAACAAAAACCAAACAUAACCAAAUUGUACUGAAGCGAUCAAAGGGCUGUGAUCGACAAGGCGGAUAAAAGCUCGCUCUCAUCAAUAAGCAUUAAUGUGAAGUUGCUACCUGGCUGUCAGGCUAUACAAUGAUCUUUUAUAGGUAAUUUAGAUUAAGAAUGUUUACAAUGACCUGAAGAUAGCAGGAGAGAUUUAUACAAAGUUAUAAAAUACAUAUACAUAGGUGCUUAGGAAAAUAAAUAUAAUUUUAUAAAAAC